AUGUCUUCUUAUGAUUCUGAUUCCUCUAUGGCUGCACUAGACCAAUAUGUAGCACCAGGUUUACGGUUAUGGAUGCUUAUAGCACUUGUCUCCGGUGUUCUUCUUAUAAUGAUUGUUAUUGUUUGUUGCUUCAUGAGAAUACGUAUUCCAAGAACAAAACGUCAAAUAGAAUUAGUUGCAGCAAAAAGAAAACUUCGAAAAGAAUCUAAAAAAAGAAGUAAAUCAGGUGAUGGUAUUCUUGAAAAUGACAAAACACAAACUAUUGUUAUGAAUUCUUUAAGUAAAACUAAUAGGUCAUCAGCAAAAAAUACUUCUACACACAAUUCUGGAAGUAAUCGUCAUAAUAAUAAUGGUCAAAUGCAUUCUGAUUCUCAUAAAGCAAAAGAAAUACAACAUACUGUUGUUUGA